UUUUCAUUAUUUAACUCGUCUCUUUAUCGACUGUUGAUAAUGGAUGCAAACAUAACCAAACCUUGUUAAGAUUGAAUAUACCGGUUUGAGGUUAUUUACAUUAUUAGCUCGAUGUAAAGGAAUAAUUUUGUUAGAAAUAUGAAUAAAAUACUGUCAGCACCUAUAAAACAAGUGAGCCAGAAAAUUAAUUCGGGUGAAGUACGGCCUUCUGAGAUUUGUAAAUCUGUUCUUAAGUUAACAUCAAGUAUUAAACCGCUAAACGCAUACAUUACAAUAACCAGUGAUCUAGCCGAAAAACAAUCACAAGAUGCAGAUAAAAGACAUAAUGAGGGAAAAUCUUUUGGAAGACUCGAUGGAAUUCCUGUUGCUAUCAAAGAUAAUUUCUGUACCAAAGGACAGCGUACUACAUGCGCAUCUCCAAUGCUAGCCAAUUUUAUUCCAGAAUAUGAUGCUACUGUUUAUAAUAGAUUAAAAAAUGCUGGAGCAAUUCUUAUUGGAAAAACAAAUCUAGAUCAAUUUGCUAUGGGUUCAGGCACUGUAGAUUCUUAUUACGGACCAACUAAAAAUUUAUGGAAUUCUGAUAUCUUGAAUUAUUAUGUUUAUGAUUUUCAUAAGGAAACAAGUCUAAAUAUGUCACCACUCAGAAAAGAUGAUUGGUACAUUGCAGGUGGUAGCAGUGGUGGUUCAGCAAUUGCUGUGGCAACAAGAACUUGUUAUGCUGCCAUAGGAUCUGAUACUGGUGGUUCUACUAGAAAUCCUGCAUCAUAUUGUGGACUAAUUGGUUUAAAACCAACUUAUGGCUUAGUAUCACGCCAUGGACUUAUACCAUUAGUGAAUUCAAUGGAUGUGCCUGGAAUAAUUACUCGAAACGUAGAUGACGUUCUAUUAAUUCUUAAUGCUAUAGCUGGACCAGAUAGUUUUGAUUCAACUACGUUGCAAAGAGAUUAUAUGCAGUUUCAGUUACCUGAGUCCGUUGACAUUACAGGAUUGAGAAUUGGUAUUCCUACAGAGUAUCGUGUUCCAGGAUUAAGUGAAGAAGUCGAAUCGUGUUGGGACAAGGUCGCAUGUCAUCUGAAAGAAGCUGGUGCUACAGUUAUUCCUGUUUCUCUACCGCACACUAAAUAUUCCAUUGUUUGUUAUUCGAUUCUUAAUCAGUGUGAGGUUGCCAGUAACAUGGCACGAUACGAUGGCAUAGAGUAUGGUCUAAGAGCUGAUGAAAAUUACUCAACGGAAGCACUUUAUGCUAAAAGUAGAAGCGAAGGUUUCAAUGAUGUUGUUAGAAGUAGAAUAUUGGCAGGAAAUUAUUUUUUGCUUCAAGAAAAUUAUGAUGAUUAUUUCGUUAAAGCAAUGAAGAUGCGCAGAUUAAUAUCAAAUGAUUUCAAUGCCGUGUGGGAUUCCAAUGUGGAUAUCCUACUUACACCAACUACCCUCUCUGAUGCUCCUCUUUAUUCAGAAUAUACUUCUUCUGAUAAUCAAACUCAAUGUUCCAUUCAAGAUUUUUGUACGCAACCAGCUAAUAUGGCAGGGAUACCAGCUAUAAAUGUACCAACAACAAUCUCCAGAAAAGGACUACCUAUAUCUCUUCAACUUAUGGCUCCAUUUCUUCAUGAACAAAGAUUACUUACUAUAGCCAAGUGGAUUGAACAAGCUGUUCAAUUUCCACAACUUACCUUAAAAGAUACAUAUUUGUUAAAAUGAAGCCUUGUACAUAAAUUGUAAAUAGACGUAUUUAUUUUAAUACAUAUCUUAUGUAUACAACUUUCAUUACAAAAAUUACAUCAAUCUUCAAUCAUAUGUUUAAAUAAAAAUAAACAUAUUCAGCAUAGGUAUGAUUUAUUACUCAUAUUUAUCUAUUUUGUAUAUUCAAGUCUCUAUGCAUUAAAAAUAUUUCAUCCAUUA